AUGUUCAAGCUGAUUCGGAAGAAACAUCCUCCAUUCUGUGCACUUCUUAGCAAUCUCGUCCUCCGAUUACCGCUCCGCUGUUCCGGACGAGCCAAAAGGCGCUCGGGACACCGGGGCCCAUUUUUAUUUUUCUUCAUUUCAUUUCGUUCGGCAUGGGCAGUGGAACAAAUUUUGAUGAAGCAGUCCCGUCAACGGAACCUUUUAUACGAUCUGGUCACACUGCUCAAGCAGGGUCCGAAAUCGAAGAGUGAAACGGCAUUUGAGGAAAUUUUCAAAAAAAUCGUUGAAUUCGAUCCUGAGCCACUAAAAUUUGCGCGUCAUUUCCGAAAGUUUGUGGAAGUGUUGAAAAAAGAUCUCGAGCUGUUGUCAUUGUUGGAAUAUGUGCUUGGUAGGGAACAUCAGCAGGAGAAAGUUGAAGACGAUUUUAAAAAAUUUACGGGCGGACUUGAGAAGUACGAAUUGCCGAAAGAAUGCGUGGAUACUAUCAAAUCAUUGCUGCAGCGCUGUUUACCAUUUCAGUUCAAUGGGGGCGCAGUAGAAGUUUUGGUCGACAAGAUUGUUACAGCUAUCAAAAGCAUCGAAGAUUUCCACAAGGAAUCGUCGGAUCGUUGCCACCGUUUGCUAAGGCUUCUUGAACACUGUUUUGAAAUGAUGGCGGCAAUCCAGUAUCGGAUACUGGAACCAGAACAUGACAUUCGGUAUGGAGACCAGCUGAUGCUAUUGGUAUUGGCUACGUCAAAUACUUCGGCCCUGAGCUGCGCAUCUCUAAUCAAUAUCUUUCGGCAGCUACUAAAGCUUGGCUCGACUUGA